AUGGAAUAUAGUAGAAGCAGUUUCUUGGAGCAGUUACUCUCGUUGUCGACCUUUGAAAUCUAUGUAACUGUGGCCAAGAUUUCUGCGUGUUUUCGAUUUCACUCUUGCUCUGCCUUCAAUAUUACGUUUUCUCCAUCUCGAUUUAUUUGGUUUUUCUGGAGUAAACAUCUUGCCUCUGCUUACAGCAACCUAAAAGCCAUUUUAUUGUUCUUCGGGGCUAUCAGAAAGUACUGCCAGCGUCGUCAUCGUAUUCAUCACAUUUCUCCUACGGUAACUAGAUUCCACUUUGUAAAUCUUGGAAGAAGAUCAAUUUUGUACAUAUAAUGUUGUAAAUAUUUCAAGUUCGAUGUUGUACUUGCUAUACGAGUUACAAUCAGAGAAAAUGUCGUCAUAAUGUAAUUCGAGGACAAAAAAGGCACUUAUGCUAUCUCCAUUUUAUGAAAUUACCCCAAAAGUGGGAAUGGUAUAUGGAAGUCAACUUUCAGUAGUUGACUUAUCCAUCUUAUGUCUCCUAAAUAAGUAUUGGAUCACAUGUACUGUUGACUACUAAUGACUAGAUACAAAUAGCUAGCUAAGUGCUUAUGUCUAAAACAACUAUCAAAUUUGAGAGUCAAAUAAAAACUCCUACAAAGCUAUCCGAUGGCUAAUGCUAUGCAGCAUUCAAAACAUGUUCCAGUGUACCUGGUGGAGGAGCCCAAUGAGCAGUUACUCGAGCGUCUAGUGAGUUUUGAAGAUUAAAUUUCAGAAAGGAGAAAAUACUAUAUGAUUUUAGUGGUGAGGCAGCAGCCUACAUGUUGUCAAGAAUCAAAAAGACAGCUACAUAAAAUACUUUAUGCGUUAAAUACUGAUAUUGUAUGUUAUGCCCCACAUGGUCUGUAAAUUAAGUGAUGAGACUGAUUUAUCUCUCGUACGAUAAGCUGCCGGUUUGUACCAGGAGGGCUA